AUGCUGAAGCGACAACGUUCAGAUCUGGAAAGAAAACUGAGGAACUUACACUUUGUUCAUUGUGUGGAGAAGGUGGAACUUAUCGAUCAGUAUGAUCCCAAUUGCUGGGUUUGUCAGGUAAGUUAAGAUUUUUUAGGCGAAGUAAAGUUUAGGUAACAUGAAAAGUGGCAUUUUGUUUCAUUUGUGCUAUGAAAACAUAAGUUUGAGAGAAAAAUAUGGAAAGAAGUCCAAUUUUGUAUACCUAUAUCAACAUUGAUUUUGCUGUAUCUCUAAAGCCAUUUGUCGUAAAAUCCUGAUACUUGGCAAAAAUAAUCUUUAUUUUAUCUCUAUUAAUUCUGUAAUAUUCCCCUUUUUUAAAAAUGUCAUAAACAUGCUAAAUUUCAGAAAGAAUCCAACCUAGUCCAAGAUCUGAAAUCCACGUUGGAUGAACAUCGAAAACUCGGAAUCCUGGAUGAUGAACUUGAACUCCUGAACACAGGCUACAAGAAGUGGAUCCUGUCUCUCGAAUCCGGUCACGAUAAGUGUUCUACAAAGGCCGUCACUAUUUCAAAUGCCAUCAAAAAGGCGUUGUCCAACAAAUCGACAGAUUCAUUGACUGGAAAGUUGGAAAAGGAGGAGAAGGAAGCGUUAAUCGGGAAGAUAUGA